AAAACCAAACUUUUUCUCUCUUCUUUCAUUUAACAGCAACUAUUCACACUCUUUGGAGGAUCCAACACCAAAUCGAACCAAUGUCUCCUUCUGAACCCGUAGUUCAUGUGGCUUUCCUCCCGAGUGCUGGCAUGGGACACCUUAACCCAUGUCUGAGGAUAGCAACACUGUUCCUCCGCCAUGGCUGCAAAGUCACUCUCAUCACUCCCAAACCCACUGUUUCCACCGCAGAGUCUAACCUCGUCUCUCGCUUCUGUUCCUCUUUCCCUCAUCAAGCAACCCAAAUUGACUUAAAUCCAGCCACGGUUAACACCAACGACCCUUUUUGGCUUCAGUUUGAAACCAUUCGCCGUUCGGUUCACCUUGUAGCUCCAAUCCUUUCUUCACUUUCAACACCUCUCUCUGCUUUCAUCUACGAUAUUAGCUUAAUUUCCCCUCUAGUUCCUAUCACCCAGAAACUCUCUUGUCCCUCUUACAUGUACUUCGUUGCAUCAGCUAGGAUGUUCUCAUUUUUUGCACACCUUCAUGUUCUUGCUGCUUCAGAUCCAAGUUCACAGCCACACCCUUCUUCGUUCAUUGGCGAUGGUGUUAAAAUCCCGGGCAUUGCAUCCCCAAUUCCAAGAUCCUCGGUCCCUCCUUUGCUCCUUCAACCAAACUCUCUCUUUGAGAGCAUCUUCAUGGAGGACAGUGCGAAAGUGACGAAGCUGAACGGGGUUUUCAUCAACUCGUUCGAGGAAAUGGAAGGAGAGGCACUAGCGGCACUGAACGAAGGAAAAGUGGUGAAGGGGUUGCCCCCAGUGUAUGGUGUUGGCCCCCUAAUGACGUGUGAGUUUGAGGAGGUGGAACAAGGUAAAGGGGGUUGCAUGGGUUCGGUAUUGGAGUGGCUGGAUGAGAAAAGUGAAGGGUCGGUGGUGUAUGUUUGCUUUGGUAACAGGACAGCAACGAGAAGGGAGCAGAUAAAAGACAUGGCUUUGGGGCUGACAGAAAGUGGGUAUAGUUUUUUGUGGGUGGUGAAGUUGAAGGGGGGUGACAAAGAAGAGGAGGAGGGUUUGGAGGAUGUGUUGGGGAGUAAGUUGAUGAGUAAGGUGAAGGAAAAAGGUAUGGUUGUGAAGGAAUAUGUGUACCAGAUGGAGAUUCUGGGUCACCCUGCAGUGGGGGGGUUUGUGAAUCAUGGAGGGUGGAACUCAAUAAUAGAGUGUGUGUGGCAAGGAGUGCCUAUUCUGUCUUGGGCUCAGGGUGGGGAUCAGAAGAUAGCCUCAGAGGCAGUGAGGAUAAGUGGGGUGGGGAUUUGGCCUCAGGAGUGGGGGUGGGGAUCAGAACAUGUUGUCAAUGGGAAAGAGAUUGCUGACAGAAUCAAAGAGAUGAUGGAGAAUGAAUCUUUGAGGGUCAAAGCCAAAGAAAUGAAGAAGGCUGCUAGAAAUGCUGCUGGUGUUGGUGGGAGGUGUGAGGUUAUUGUUAAGAAGCUAAUUGAGGAAUGGAAGAAAAAUGUUUAAUCCACCUAAGCAUUGGCACUCACCAACAGUGUUAGCUACUUACCAGUUGUAAUAAGUUUUGUUGUUCUGUUGUUUUCGGUUAUAUUUCCUGUUUCGUUUUCUUGGCUA